AUGUACCACGAGACAAACCACGCGAACAGGAUGCCACAUUUUGUUCGAGAUAUUGAUCAACCAGGCGACUUUGUCGCAGCCGAUAACUUCAUGCAUCCAGCGCCACAACUCGGGGAUGGACAACUUCGGGAUUAUCGGAGUUUGCCCCCAGAAGCCCCCACACCAGAAAUUCUCGCAGCCAUCCCUGGGUAUUCGGAUGGCAUAGAGGGCUUCCCAGAGAGGGCAUACCUGAGUGAAAGCCCCUCCACGAUUGCAUAUCGAGCGACCACUACAGAAAAUACUCCCUUCUCUCCUUCCUUUUACGACCAAGGAAAGUGA